AUGUUUAGGAGUAGUUACUACUCGGAGGUUCUUGAUUUGGCGGCGGCGCCGUCUUCGUCGGCGGAGGACGGCGGGAAGGGCUGCUUCUCGGACGAGGAGGUGAUGCUGGCCCACAACAACCCUAAGAAGCGGGCGGGGCGGAAGAAGUUCCGGGAGACGAGGCACCCGGUGUACCGGGGCGUGCGGCGGAGGAACACCGGCAAGUGGGUCUGCGAGGUGAGGGAGCCCAACAAGAAGUCCAGGAUAUGGCUGGGGACGUUCCCCACUGUAGAGAUGGCGGCGCGGGCCCACGACGUGGCGGCGAUGGCCCUCCGGGGGAGAUCGGCCUGCCUCAACUUCGCCGACUCCGUGUGGAUGCUGCCGGCGCCGGCGUCAGCGGAUGCUAAGGACAUACAGAGGGCGGCGUCGGCGGCCGCGGAGGCCUUCAGGCCGAAGGCGGCGGGAGGGGGGAAGGUGGAGGAGGAGGAGAAGGGUGCUGCUGCCGCCGGCAUGGGGUCGCCGGAGAAUGAGUCGGUGUUCUUCAUGGAUGAGGAGGCGGUUUUCGGGAUGCACGGGCUGCUCGCGAAUAUGGCGGAGGGGCUGAUGCUGCCUCCGCCGAGAUAUGUCGAUGACCUGGAGGUGGAUGCUGAUGUGUCACUGUGGAGUUAUUCUAUUUAG